AUUUAGAGAUACGCAAGUGUAUUUUUGAUGCAAGUAUAAGAACUUUAAACAUCAGAACUAUUACCAUCCGCAACGGGGUCCGUGCGUGAUCCUUAGCGAGUCCGUCGCAUUAUAAAAAUAAUAUACGAGUCCAGAAAGGGAAGGAUUAGUCCGUAACUAAGGAUUAAACGGACUUGAUCCUUAGCGACGUGUCAUAACCUGAGUGGUCUGGUCUGUUUUCGUCUUUGCUCUAUCAAAAAAAAAUUAAAACAUUUGCUACCGAAGCCGAGAAAAAAAAUAGCUCUCGACGAAAUGCGAUUUGUGGCGAUUUCGAUCCGUCCAGAGACCUAGGUAAAUCUUCCGAUUCUCUUGCAGAUUGAUGGAUUAGGAUUAGGUUCGAUGUUGUUUUCCUCUCAAUCGGUUUGGUUUUGUGUUUUCAAUCGACGGGUUUGAUAACGAUUUUGGGGAUUCAAUUUUUUUUUUGAAAUUAGGGUUUCAAAGAAUUUUUUUUCCAGUCGAUUUGGGGUUUAAGGUCGUUUGUAGUUAGGGUUUGAUUACGUUCGAUGUUGUUUUCCUCUCAAUCGGUGGGUUUUUGUGUGUUUCAAUCGACCGGGUUUGAUAACGAUAUUGGGGUUUCAAAUUUUUUUUUUCACUCGAUUUGGGGUUUAAGGUCGUUUGUAGUUAGGCUUUGAUAACGAUUUUGGUUUUCAAUCCCAUCUUAGAACUUGUUGUUAGCGUUUUGUACUUAUUGGUUUCAAAGAAGUUGAAUGUACUUAAGAGUCAUGUAUAUUAUAUGUUCAUUCAAAUGCUUGUUUCAAUUGAUUUCGGUUACAUGAUUUAUUUCAAGUUUACGAAGAAUGGGACAAGAUUAUUCAUACAGCCAGCCUUCUUCAUCAGAUGAGUACGACAUAACCUCACUUAUUCAAGCUGAAGCUGAACUGUACGGGGAUGAAGCUGAGAGUAACUACCAUAUUGCUGAGCCGCUUCAGUACCAACCUCAACCCGAGUGUGACGAAGGAAUCCCGAGGAUAUGCUACUGUGGUGGUGACCCUGUUGUUGCAAUAUCUUCCACGGCUAAAGAUCCAGGGAGAAGGUACUUCACCUGCCCAAAUGUCGAUGAUGGGGACUGCCACAUUUGGAAAUGGUGGGACGUGGCUAUUACGGAGGAGAUGCGUGAGUUUCAGACACAACUUAGGCAGCUUAAGGAUCAAGGUUUUGAGUGUGAGCAGAAGCUGGUAAAGCUACAGAAGACUGUCUGUGAGUUAUCUAAGAAAAAAUUGGGGCUUAUUACAAAUGCCUCAAUGGAAGUUUGUCUAGUGGUCUCUGCAGUAGUUUUUUUAGGUUUGGCGGUCAUGUAUCUGUCUGGUAAGUUACUCUCUUGUGCUUUUGGGUUGGUCUUUAUGCAUUUUUGUUAAAAAAUUGUGACUGUUUGAUCUCAUGUUGUUACAGGAAGAGCUUCAAAGAAGUAAAAGCGAGUGUCUAAAACCUCGAGAGUGUCCGUAUAAUAAGGUACGAUACUGCUAUUUCCUAGUUAUAGUUGUGUAUGACUAUUGCUUUGUAUUAUAUAAAACAUAUAGUAGUGUAAAAAAUUGAAAACUUAAAAUCUAAAACUAAAAGAAAAAAUUUGAAAGUCUAUUUUCUUUGAAAGUAUUUGCGUUUAAAUGCUUGUUGUUUUGCUUUCCACUUCCUACUGCCUCAGAUGUGAUUGUUUUAAAUGUUUUAGAACGUUAUGAACUCGGUUUUAGUCUGAUUUGAUAGGUGUUUAAUGCAACUAGUUUGCUUUCUACCUUCCUAACUGCUCGGUUUUCAUUGACUUAAAUGUUUUUUACUUGAAGUGCGCCUACUUAAGGAUAUGUAUUGCUGUUAGAGUGACAC